CUCCCAAAACGAGAUUUCGAACAGUCCAUUUCUUUGUUUCAAGACAUCAAGAACUUCGAAUUUUUAAUAAAAAAAUAUUUUUAUGAUGGAUCUUAACAAUAAAGUAGCGAUUGUAACAGGUGCUAGCGCCGGUAUUGGAGCCGCUACAGUCAAAGCUUUAUUAAAACAAGGAAUGAAGGUCGUUGGUUUUGCAAGGAGGAAGGAAAAAAUCGAAAACUUAGUUGAAAACCACGAUGGAAAAUUAUUUGCUGUUAGCGUGGAUGUAACAAAACCGCAAGAAAUCCUCGCCGGUUUCGCUUGGGUUACCAAAAAUGUUGGUCCCGUGCAUGUUUUAAUUAACAACGCUGGGGUAUUAGGUAACUCAACAGUUUUAACGGGGGAUUUAGAUACUUGGCAACAACUCAUGGACACCAAUUUUAUGAGUUACGCAAUCACCACAAAAGAAGCUGUAAAAAUAAUGACAGCCAAUAACAUUAACGGUUAUAUUAUUAAUAUUAACAGCACGAUUGGUUAUUAUGACCUUUUGAUGCCUAAUAAUGUUAUGUAUCGAUCUUCUAAAAUUGCGUUGAGAGUUAUGACGGAAAAUGUUCGAGUUGAAUUAGCUAGGAUGAAUAGCAAUAUUAGAAUAACUUCUUUAAGCCCUGGUGUCGUAAAAACCGAUAUUAUGGCUGCAACUUACGGCGAAGAAAUGGGUAAAGAGAUGCAUUCGAAUAUUCCCUACAUUUUGAGCGAAGAUAUUGCGGAUUCCAUCCUUUAUGUUUUAUCAACACCUCAACGUGUUAAUAUAUCCGAAAUUAUGAUAAGACCAACAGGGGAAGACAUCAGAAAACUAUCCGUUUAAGCUUAUUCUUAAUUUUAUGUUAAUCUCGCUUGCUAAUAAACUUUGAAAUUUGAUAAA